AAAAUUGGAAAUCAAGUUUAUGUUUGGACCUAAAAUCAAUUUUGGGAGUCCAAUUUCUAUUUGCCAAACGACGCCGUUUUCUUCAACGCCUCAUCGUCGUCCCCAAAAAUGGACCUAGAUUUCUUCAGAAAUCUGCCACCGGAGAUAACAAUCGAUACGCUAUCGAGACUUCCGAUUCGAACCAUUAUCAGAUGCAGACUCGUCUGCAAAUCAUGGCGAAAUCUUAUCCAAACUCGCGAAUUCGCCGAUUCACAUCUCUCUAAAUCAGCCUCGGGAAUCGUCAUCACAAGCGGAUUCUCCAGGUACUUGGAAAUUUACGAAUUUGUCGAUGAACUCGAUCUCGAAAGCCACGAGCUUCACUACAAUCCGGUCACCGAAUUCAACUGCGAUAAUUUCAUUGAAUCCUUUGAAUUACAAAGUUCUGCUAAAGGUUUGCUUUUUUUCGGCGUAGUUGAAUCCGAACCCUCUGCUCUUCACAUAUGCAAUCCACUCACUCGUGAGUUUAUCCAGCUUCCAAAUUACGAGGUUGUUUAUUCGCUUCCUACAUUAGUAAAUUGCGGAUUUGGGGUUAGCAAAAUUACUGGCCAGUACAAGGUGGUUAGAAUUGUCCAUGAGUGUAUCUGUGAUCCUCAUACAUUUAAAUUGCUGAAAUAUACCAAUUGUGUUUGCCACGUGUACACUCUUGGAACAGGAACAUGGAGAAAAAUCGCGCCUGGCGCUCCGUUCGGAAGCGAUUGGUACUCGGUCGGGGUGUUUCUUAAUGGAAGUCUUUAUUGGCUGGUAACGGAUUUCGAGGGCUACAAUUUGAUUUCUUGCUUCGAUCUCGAGACGGAGAUUUUCAGCACGUUUCCUCCUCCGUCUCUUUUGAAAAGGGAAAGACGUCCUGGGGGACUGGAACUGGUAGCUUUGGGGGAUUACUUAUGUGUGUGUGAUAACACGUCGGAUGACGAAAUUGUUAUGUGGUUGAUGAAGGAAUGCGGGGAUGAGAAAUCUUGGACGAAGGAUUUCGUCGUCAGAAUAUCCGACUCCGAUUUUCUUCGUGGUUAUGGUGGAAGUUGUGAGAUUGCUUAUCCUAUCAAAGUUUUCAAAGAUGGUGAUAUUUUGAUGGUUUUGUCGGACUUGUACAUUUUCUACUACUCGAACAAGACGAAAACUACGACACCAGUUUAUAUGCUUGGAGUGUAUGAGGAUAUCGGUGGCUUGAAGGCAUUGCUUCAUAGCUCGAGCUUUCUUUCACUCGAAACUAGUUUCCCGAUCGAGAACGUAAGACCAUUCUGAUGGUUGUGUGUAUUUCCGGUAUGUAAUCGUGUGUUUUUCCGAUGAAAUAUAGUCUCUUUAAAUGUAUCAUCAACAUUGUAAUCUUCAUUGGUUGAUAUAAGAUUUGGAGGGCCAGGAUUUGGGCGUAAUGGGCGAAUUAGAUCUGUAAUCAUGGUUCUAUACUUCUAUUAAUGUAACAUAUAUACAAUGUUGUUUUUAUUAAUUUUUUUAAUCUUGAUGCACUUAAAUUAAAUGUAACUUCAACAAGAUAGUUACUAAUUUCAAUUUAAUUUGGCAUUAAUUUCUUC